AAGUUAAAUGAGCUAAGAAUCUUCAUUAACAAGUUUCAAGGAUAGAAUGGACACCGUUGAUGCUUAAUUUCCCUCUUUUUCGCUUUUUGGAGUGAAGUUCCAAGCAGAGCAUGGAAUUAUGAAAAAUCAAUAUUCUGACUCUUGUAUUCAGUCGUGUGUCAGCUGACAAGUCUUGUGAUUGCAGCUGGUAAGGAGCUCCCAAUUUGCAAUCAUGUCCAGAAACCUAGCUAAGUUAGCUGAUGAGGAUCGAGAGGGGAAGUAUGGAUAUGUGUAUGCUGUGUCAGGACCUGUGGUCACUGCAGAACACAUGUCUGGGUCUGCUAUGUAUGAAUUGGUCAGAGUGGGUUACUUUGAAUUGGUAGGAGAAAUUAUUCGUUUAGAAGGUGACUUGGCAACCAUUCAGGUCUAUGAAGAUACUUCUGGUGUGACUGUUGGAGACCCAGUGCUGAGAACGGGCAAACCUUUAUCUGUGGAACUAGGUCCUGGCAUCAUGGGAAGUAUUUUUGAUGGUAUCCAGCGACCUCUGAAGGACAUUCAUGAACUUACUCACAGUAUCUACAUCCCAAAAGGAGUAAAUGUUCCGGCAUUGAGUCGCACUGAGCACUGGGAAUUCACUCCUGGAGAUAUAAGAGUAGGCAGCCACAUUACUGGAGGUGACAUUUAUGGUGUGGUUUUCGAAAACACGUUGGUGAAACACAAGAUCAUGUUGCCUCCAAGAUCGAAGGGUACUGUACAGUAUGUUGCUCCUGCAGGCAACUACACAGUGGAGGAUGUUGUUCUUGAGACAGAGUUUGAUGGUGAGAGAACAAAAUACACAAUGUUGCAAGUGUGGCCUGUACGACAGCCACGACCUGUUACUGAAAAACUACCUGCGAAUUACCCACUUUUGUGUGGUCAACGUGUGUUGGAUUCUCUUUUUCCUUGUGUGCAAGGUGGUACCACUGCCAUUCCUGGAGCUUUUGGUUGCGGCAAGACUGUCAUUUCUCAGUCAUUGUCAAAGUAUUCCAAUUCAGACAUUAUUGUGUAUGUAGGAUGUGGAGAACGUGGUAAUGAAAUGUCUGAGGUGUUGAGAGAUUUCCCUGAGCUGACUAUUGAAGUAGAUGGUAAAACUGAGUCCAUCAUGAAGAGAACAGCUCUUGUGGCAAAUACAUCCAACAUGCCUGUAGCUGCUCGAGAAGCAUCUAUUUACACAGGUAUCACAUUAUCUGAAUAUUUCCGUGACAUGGGUUACAAUGUAUCAAUGAUGGCUGACUCCACCUCUCGAUGGGCUGAGGCUUUGAGAGAAAUUUCUGGUCGUUUGGCUGAAAUGCCUGCAGACAGUGGUUAUCCAGCUUACCUGGGUGCACGUUUGGCGUCUUUCUAUGAGCGUGCUGGACGAACAAAAUGCUUAGGCAACCCAGAGCGAGAGGGGUCUGUCAGCAUUGUGGGAGCAGUAUCCCCUCCUGGUGGUGACUUUUCUGAUCCUGUCACAUCUGCCACUCUGGGUAUCGUGCAGGUGUUCUGGGGAUUGGACAAGAAACUCGCUCAGCGGAAACACUUCCCGUCAAUCAACUGGCUUAUUUCGUACAGUAAAUAUCUGCGUGCCCUGGAUGAUUUUUAUGAAAAGAACUAUCCUGAAUUUGUACCAUUGCGAACAAAGGUUAAAGAAAUUCUUCAAGAGGAAGAAGAUUUGUCAGAAAUUGUGCAGCUAGUUGGCAAAGCGUCUCUGGCAGAGACUGAUAAGAUUACUUUGGAAGUUGCAAAACUCUUAAAGGAUGACUUCUUGCAGCAAAACAGCUAUUCCCCAUAUGACCGAUUCUGCCCGUUCUACAAGACAGUAGGCAUGCUAAAGAAUAUGAUCUCAUUUUAUGAUAUGGCAAGGCAUGCUGUUGAAUCUACUGCCCAAACUGAGAACAAAAUAACAUGGAAUAUUAUUCGUGAAAACAUGAGCAAUAUAAUUUACCAGUUGUCAUCCAUGAAAUUCAAGGAUCCUGUAAAAGAUGGUGAGCAGAAAAUAAAGGCAGACUUUGAACAACUUCAUGAAGAUAUGCAGCAAGCAUUCCGAAAUCUGGAAGACUAAUUUGUUAAAAGCCAGUGAUUCGGAUGUGUUUUUUUUUUAAUUUCUGUAUAUUGUGUAUCCUUCCCUGGUACAAUACUCUGUUUUGCAGAAACCAGUUUCUUUCCAUGUACCCUGUCAACAUCGACUGCCUUCUUCUGUCUUCAACGUACCUUAUUUCUUGAUCUUCCACUGUGUGCCAGGGGAAGUGAUUGUGUGAAUUUAACUCAGCCCUUCCAGGAAGAAGACAGAAGAUUGGCACAACAGUGGUAUUUCGAAGUUCUUUUUUUGUGAAUUGUGUGCUUAUGUACAUAGCUAUGUAUUAACAAGAAUCAAAUGUUACAAAUUUGUAUGGUAGAGUUGGUUGGCCUAAGUGUCAUUUAAUUUACUUCAAUCAGACAAAAUCAAUGAAUGAAAAUACCAUCAUUUUUGCGCUGAGUUUGCAGAAUGUCCAGGGGAGGUUAACCUGUAGUCACUGUCAGACUGUAGUCUUUUCUGGUAAUAUGGCCGUAGUUUGGGUUUGUUGGAUAAUGUGUAUAUAUAUAAGUACAUACUAUAUAUGUAUAAAAAUAGAGAAUUUUGUUAAUUGGUGAAAAGUUUUAAUAACUUUGUCAUACCACUUGUCUCGUAGGAUUAUUUUUGGAAAAAUGUCAUUUGCACAGCUACUUAAAUUAAAGUAGUGCCAUGGAAAACCAUAUACUUAAUUCUUUGCCAUUUGUGGAAGAUUGCUGUUAAUAGUACUUCAGUUAGUGAUUAUUUUAGUUUGGAAUGACAGUUUUCUUCUAGUUCACUAGUUGUACAUGCAAGGAGUAAUUAUUUAUGAAACUCAAGUGGGAAGGGAUUGUGGAUAAUUCUUAUUCUGCUAUGGGUGGUGGGAUUUUACUCCUGUAUUUGGUAACUAACUUGAAAAAGACUUAAUUUUGGAAAGAGAUGGCAGGUUUUGUUUCUUAUUUGCAUUCCAAGAAUUCAGUGGACAAAAAAGUGUUCACCUUUCCUGCAUUUUGAUACAGUCAUAGGAGGAAGCAACUCUGUCAGCCAAACAAGGUUCCUUAACCAAGUAUUAUUUUUUCUUAGUUUUUGUGGUCUCAUUUGUACAGUUUGCAACUCUGCAUAAUGGCACAUACUUACAUGAUCAACUUAUGUUGCAGUCUGUUAAUGUGGAAACUUGUGCACAUGUAAAUUAAAGUUUCUUCAUGUUUUGACUGUGUUGUGUGUUUGACUAUGUACAGACACUUGAAAAAAGUAUUUUUAUUAUUUUACUCUCCCUUCUAUUAACUGUGCAUUUGUAUGCCAUUCCAUAUCUUGUAUAUUGGCCUUAUCAGUAGAUUAAGAAAAUGAAUUUUGUUUGUAGUGUUUGAAUCAAUUGAUAUGAAAUUGUUGACUUCUGAAAAAAUAACUGCUGUUGAACUGGAUGCUGUAGCAUUUAUAAUAGUAUUGAAUUUGUCUGUGUACAAGAAAAAAAAUUGGCUGUUUUAUUGUAUUUUUAGAGAUCUUUUAAAAUAAUUUGUGGUGGGAAUAGUGUUUAAAUAUAUUAACAUUAGAGAACUCAAAUAUUUGUAGUUGAGUGGCAGUGCACUAUCACCACAGUAUUAAAAUAUAUUAUGUAGCCAAUGUACAAAAGAUUAUAUAAUUUGUGUAAAAUAAUGAAGUAUAUAUAUUUGAAAAUGAUGUGAAGCUUUUAAGUCAACUGUUAGAUAUUCCUGUUUUGUCAUUUAUAGGAUUCAAUUUUUGUUUUGUCUGUAUCAUUGUGAAGUAUCAUGAUUCACAUCCCUCACCGAGGAAUUUCUAUGUGUAUAUUCUUCAUGAUUGUGUAUAUUUGUAAUUAUCCAUCAAUUUAUUAAUCAGUCUGGAAAUAGUUUCACAUACUGGACAAUAACAGUUGUGGGAUAUAAGAAUAAAUAUCCUUCAGUCAUGUGUAAGUAAAUACAAACUCGCUAAAUGAAACAUUCCCAGUUCAUCGUAAUUGUUCAUCAUUGUUGUCUUUGUUUUGUUGUGGAACGUGAAAAUAAACCUGCAAGGUAUGAAAAAAAGCUGAUACAUUUUUCAUAGAGAUAUAUAUUUUUCCCCUCCCCCUUUGAUUUUUACAUUAAAUUUGAGGACAGUAUUUGUAUCCAACAUGUUUAGAUACAAAUUUUUAAUUACAUCAAAUAAAUUAUAUUUUUAAAAAAACACAAACAUUUUAACCACAAAGAUAAAAAAAAAAAACAACAACAAAAAAAAAAAAAACAAGAUGUGCAAAAUCCUGGCAAGUCUGGGAAUUUCUGCUUCUACCAUAAAAUCAAAGAAAGCUUUUAAUGGACUGCCUGCAAAAUUUUGCACUUGGUUGCAUUUUAUAAAACAAGCUGGACCAAGCAGUAAUUGUGAAAAAAUUAAUCUCAUUUACAAAUUUUGUACACUGUAACAAGUAGAGAUGAAUUAGCUGAUGACUUGCAUUGUGUUUGUUUUUGCAUAUGCACAUCUUGGAAUUCAAUGCAACCUUCCAAUUUAAAACUUUUAAAUCAAUAAAUUACCUUUGAAGCUAUGGAGAAUUGAAAUUCCAUAUUUUGAACAUUUUAACAUUACUAUUAGUACACUUCUUCCAAAUAAUUCUCACAUAAGCUUCAAAAGACUUAGCACGUUCUGUCAAUACAAAAGUAAUGCUUUUAAUCUGCAUUUGAUCAUAGUAAAUUCACAAGAACUGUAUGUAAUCCUUAAUCUACUAGUAAUUUACAUUUUUUUGUACACAUUAUUAUCAUACUUUAGUCCUGCCUGCGAAGUCUUGAUUGAUCUUUGGAUUUCAAAUAAAGUUUAUCAUUCUAUUUUUUGUAUCAAGAGCAAAAUUAUUUUAAGGAGCAGGUUCAGAUUGUCUAAAAACAUUAUAAAAACAAGAUUGCUACCAAUACAGUAGAUAUAUAAAAAGUAUAAAAAUUUACAAUUCAUUUUCAAUGUUUAUACCUUGGUAAACAAUCCCUUUAAAUUGGAAUUGUGAAAAAUCUAGCAACAUGGAUUAUGAUGUUUGUUUCAAUUCUGGGCACUUAAGUUCUUAAAGCUAAGAAUAACAAAAAAUAAGCUUCAGUUUCAUGAAUUGCAAAAAAGUAUGCAAGUGUUUUAUCUAUGUAUUAUAUGACACAAAUCAUCUACAAGUAUUCAGUCAAAAUAUGUCAGAAUGUUACAAAUUAUUAUGCCAGCAUUGGAAAUAUUGUCAAUUUGAUGACCAAGUAGAAAAUGGUAUUGUGGGAAAAAAGAAUGCAUAUUGAGAUUUGAGAAUAAUAAAAGUAAUAUAUUAGAACAUGCAUCACAAGGGUGUCUUCAAAAUAAAAUAUUUUUUUCACUGAAUUAAUUUUGCUUCCGUAGCUAAACAAUGUUGAAUAAUAGAAAGUCCAGCAAUUGCCAGUGGAGACAUUUGGAGCACAAGUUUAGAACUUAAAAACAAACAUAAAUAAAUUGUUGAGAAAUAUGAGUUGUUGCCAAAACAGGAGCAGUUCUUGCACUUUUCAUCUUUCAGUAUAUGAUAUCAAUGAUGAAAAAUAACAAAUAUUUCUUAAAAGAAACUCACCAUAAAAUGCUUAGGGUAAAUAUUAUUGAAGCUGAACAUUUCUUCUCCACUGAGGCUGAUGACACCGUGUCAUGAAAGUUCAAAGUUGUCAUGCAGGCAAAAGGAGUUUUUGGAGCACAUGAACUACCCGUAUGUACAUUAGAAGCUUGGAAUUAUUAUUGCAGAACUAGUAAUUAUGGGACAUGUAGUUUAGCACUAUUAACCAAUGCUUCAGGUUGGUCUUAAAACCAAAUUUUUCUACAAAUUAAUUGUGAACAUCACAUAGGUGUUGAUUUCAAAAGCUGUUUAUUUGCAGCAGUACCUGCUAUUCAUUCCAGAAAUAUUUUUUCCUUUCUGGUUUACAUAACUUAAAAUAAUUCAGAAGCAUAACUACUACACAAACAAGAAGGGUAAUGUUUUUGCCUGUGGAUCUUGUUUGUUCAUUCUCUUCAAGAGAGUUAGAAUAAUAUCAAGAUUUUUUCCUAUUUACCCCAAAAUUCAAACUUUUGAUUAGGUAAUCAGAAUUAUUCUGCAUUGCCUGCGGAGUUUCUUAUGCCAAGAGUUAGAAAUUAUGUGUCAAAUUUUAAAAAUGAGUAUUAUUAAGAAGAAUUACCUAUGCAUUUGGAUUGUCAAAUUUUCAGCACAAGGUCCACAAUUUGUUCUUACUCCAAUGAAUGCAAUAAGUUUGCAACUCUAAAAUAAACAACUACCAGCAUAGAUAAUUGAUUUUUCAUUGGCAGAAAAAUAACAGAGUUAAAGCAUAUGUUUACAAAAAGCUCACAAAAGUAUUUGCACCUGUAUACUAAUAAAACUAUGUUAUAGAUAUAUCCUUUUAAGAAGUGGUUUUUUUUUAUUGUUGAUUAAAUGAUUAUCUACUGACAAAAGAAAUCAAAAAUCAAUUUGCAAAGUCAAACUUUUGUUGUUGUUGACAAAACCAUUGAGGCAGCGGACAGUACAUUGAAAAGAUGACAAUUCUGUAACUGAACAUGACUUAGUACUUAUACUAUUCUUUCAAAAACCAUUGUUAUGUUCGUAAAUCAUUAAUAACUGAAUUUUUAAACUGAUUAUACAUCUUACAUAAAGCCAGACAUCACAGAUGAGGAAAAAAUUCUACUCCUGGAAUGAAAAACAAAUAGUAUAAUCAGCAACGUAUGAUGUUCUUAUGACAUCUGGAUCACAAAAUUGGUAUAGAGUUGACUGAAUUACCUAAUAUAUAAUCCAUUUCAAACCUGACCUAAGUUUUAAGACCUUGAUUUUGUUUUAAAAAGAUAAAAUUUAGCACUUAUAGAACUGAAUUUACAAAGACUUAAGAACAUAAUUUUGUAAAAAAUGUUUAUUUCCUUAAUCUUAUUCAUAACAUUUUUAAAAGUUUAUACAUUUAAAAAUAUUUGUUUGAUGUGUGGCAAGAAAGUUAAUAGAAAAUUAAAUCUAAUGUGUUCCAGCAGUUGUUUGAUGUUUACAAUGGUACACAAUAUCAUGCUCAAUGACUGCAACAUUUCUUUAAAAAAAAUCACAAACACAAAAUUUAAAUAUUGCUUAUUUCUGUGCUAACCUGUUUGCAAGUAUUAACCUUGAAUUCUACCUACAUGCAGCUAUUGAAAAUUAAUAAGUGUUUUGAAGUUUACCAAACUUUUCCCACAAAACCUUUUUCUUAAAUUCAUAAAUCUUUCUCUUGACACUGAAGGAACUAUAAUUAAUUAAAAAAUAUGAUCCCCUGUAUGCACCAUGUCAAAAAGCUUUUAGUAGAGAAGAAAUGAAACAAGCAGAAACAUAACUCCAGCGGUGAGAAAUUAAUUAACUUGUCAUGCCAGAAGAAAAGCCUAUGGAAUAGAGAAGAGAAGAGGAAAGAAUCACAAUUCUCAUUUCAUGUUUUGCUUUAACCCUCAUAACGGAAUCUGGAGGCAAACCUUGCACAUUUUCCAUUUGAUAAAGAACUAAUAUAAUGAACUCCUUUACUGUUUCUAAACUGCCAUACACAAAACAUUAAGCUAAGUUACUUAAGAAAUAAAUUUUGUUUGAUUUCAAGGGUGCAUAUAUGAUGUAUCACUAGUACAUAAAGAGCUGAUGAACACAGUAUCAUAAAAGAGUUUAAUCCUGAUAAAUUUAUCCUUCUCAAAGCACUCUUUCCAUUCAAUCACAGAAAAUUUGGCAAAUUAAUUUAUAAACACCUGAAAGUAAUAAAUAUUUACUAAACCCACCUUCCCAAACACAACUCAAAUAUCCACACUUUUCAAAUGUUAUGAAUUUACAUAUUAAAGAACUAUUUUUAUUAAUGACCAGACAAGGGCAAAUGUAGACAAGAGGAAAGUUCACGUUAUUUUAGUCACAAGCUCUUACAAGAUCACCAAAACUCAUUUUGUGCAAUGGCAAAAACAAUACCACUCAUAUCUGGACAUGUUGAUUUCAGAACUAGGAACAAAAAUGCAAAUAUUUUUGAAGUUUGUAAAUAAAUCAUGUAACAAAGUGCAGCACACCAAGGAAGGAUGCUUUUUCUGAAUUCAGCAUAAAGCUACAAGCGGUGGGAGAGAGAAAGACUUAACCCUCUGCUUUCCUAAGGUGGGGGCUUGUCAUUGAACAAUGUGUCUUCUGCUUCAAUGUUCAGUCACACUACAUCCAGAUAUUCUUCAUUCUUUUAAAAAGUUCCUGAGUUGCACAAAACUCAGGAGAGAGUGCAGAACUGCUGAGUGAAGAAUUGGUAUAUAUUUUAUCAUGUUUAUUGUUGUGUAAUUUUAGCUGACAAUUUAUUAAGCUGUCAACUGGUUACUGGUAUGUUUGUUAUUUAUUUAUAUAUUAAAUAGCCACUUUCUCCACUGUGUUAUGGUAGGUCAGUGGCUUCAUUGGUGGUGCACUAUGUGGGUAUGUGGGAUACUUCAAUUUAUUGGGAUUAAGUAAAGAUUUGACAGAAAUGAAGGGCUCAAAGAAUUAGGAGAGCACAGGGUUAAAACCAUAGUAUAGUUCAAUUUUUUGGAAAGAGUAAAUGUGAUGUUAGCAAUGACGAAGUAGAAGUAGUAAAGAAGAAAAGCAGCCCAUGAAAAUUGCUACAAUUCUAUUCUUAACUUCCGGCAAGCUAUUAAUAGAAUGAAUGAAAUGUGAUAUGCCACUCAAAUAACUGACAUGAAAGUGUGGGAGUCACAAACGGUCAAACUUAGACUAAUAUUUGGAACUUGACAUUCCCUCUUCAUUUUGUUUUUGCAAUCCCUUUGCACCACCCAUAACUAACAUGCUAAAACCAAAAAUUGAUUGGUCAUAUGGGUCUACUAAGAAACAAGUACUAUAUACUAUUUUUGGUGUUAUCACACUAACAUGCCCCUAAGACAUGAGAAUGAAUUACAAGUAUAAAUUAAUAUGUUUAACCUUUAAUGUGUUCAUUGUCAAAGGAUAUAACAUCCUUACAUGAUAUCAAAAUCUGCUAUUACCUAAAUCUCUCGCACACAUAAACCCAGUUUUAGAACCUCAGAUUUUUAGGUAUAAUUUGAUAUUUCUCCACAUUUGUAGCCUAUGUGAAGCUACUGGCUCAAACUUGCUUAGAGAAAACGUUUAACAAUUGGAAUGCCUAUCCCACAUCUCAAAAGCAACUAUUCACCAGAUAAGGGUAAUACACCUUGUAUUCGUUUAUAUUCGAUUUACCUAAUUGAUUUACAAUUUUGUUUCAAUAACUGUACAAAAUUAACUUCAAAACAUCUUUUUAUAAUUAUUACAUUCUCCAGCGCCCAAACAAAUAUCUAUGUACAUAUAACAAACAUGCAAAUUACAAAGCAAUAAAACACUCGUGUUUGUGUAUGAAAGAAAGAACACCUAUCAAUAACAUAUAAAUAUACCACAAAGGCUCAUUUGUAUAAUUUGAAACUUUUGAAAAUGAUCUAUACAUAGUCUUUCAAGACAUCCAAUCAGGCAAUAUUAGCCUCAUAAACAUCAUUACAGGCACUAAUUCGGCUGAUUUUCAUGACUCUCCAUUUCCUAUACAAAAAAGAAUUCAUCCUUACUCUAGAUGAUAAUAUUCAUAAUAAAAGAUACCCCCUGUAACUUGCAGCACUUUAGCAAAGCUGACACUCAACAUGACUAUCAGCUCUCAUUUUUUUAAAAUAGUAUCAACUAAUAUGUGUGAAUACAUCUAAAAAUUAACAACUUAACAUAACUGUAUGCUAAUAAUCCAAGCUCAGCUUUCUUUUACAUGACAGAACAUAACCUCUUACUUCUCUUUAUAUACAUAUACAUUCUUUCUUCAGUUCAGAUAUUUCUUUCCAAAACAUCCAAUACAUGCAAUCGGAUUGCAUACACAUCCGAAAUAGUCGACACUCAAAAUCCGUAUUUCAUUCUAUUUCAACAACAGUAACAAUUUCAUAUAUCACUUAAAUGAAGGUAUAAAGCACUGACAUACAAUAGUAACUGCCAACAAGCUUUGGCAUGAUUACAACUUGCUUCUUCACAUUUGGACUUGUCUUUCAAGUAAAAGUUGAUCCUAUUUUGAUGGGAAUAUUUGAUCUAAGGAUCAAAUAAAAAGGUACAGUUCACAUAUCCACAAGUAACAAAUAAAUAUGAGUAAAAUAAUGCACAAUGCUCUUAUCUGCUGUAAAGAGAUUUUGUACAAAAAGUUUUAUUACUAAAAUUUACUUUCCUUGCAACUUUUUAAAAUGCAAGCAUACUCUGCCUGCAUUGUCUAUCCACAUAAAUUAUAUAGUGAUUUCUUUCAAAUAUUUUUCAUUAAAAUAAAUACCAAAAUGUUUGCAAACAGAUCAAUUUAUGAAAACUUACAGCAGAUUAGGCUCAAACAAUUUUUUUUACCUAAUUGACGUAAAGAAAGGAAAAUAGUGUAUAUAUCACAAAUGUAUAUAAAUGAACCAAUUAUUUAUCUACAUUUCGGGAAUUAAAAUAUGAGAAUUUCAAUGGCACAAGUUUCAGAGAUAAGUUCUACAAUUUUUAACAUGUGAGAAAAAACUGAUCAUAUGAACAGUGCAAAAGUAAUCUCACAUGCAUUACAUUGAAUGUUCUGACAUCUCUUACAAACAAUUUUUGAGUAACGGCACAAAUUAGCAAGAAGAUUCACAAGCAUUACUACUGUGACUUUUUAAAUUGCCUGUCAUUUAUAAGUUGAUUAAUGUAACAUUUAUGAAUUAAACAGCACAACUAUAAAGAAGGUUAAAUUUAAACAUUAAAAAAAAAAAAACA